AGCUCCAUGCGCGGUCGCAUUGGCUUCGCCCCGCUGCCCGGUUCCACUCGGGUGCUGGACCGCCCCAGCGGCCGUCUGGUGCCCUGCGACCAGGCCCGCUGCCCCCUGGCGCAGGACUACAUGCAGGAGCAGGAUGGCACGGUCACUCCCAUCAACCGCGCGCCCCUUGUGGCCAACACAGUUGUACUUCUUAACGGCCUAUCGCCCAGCCUCUACAAGUUCUUUGCAUACACCUUCUUCACAUAUCUGCUCAGUCCCAGGGUCCUAGGCAGCGCGGGGCUCCUGAUGGAAGAUAACGAGGCGGUGCCGGUGCGCGCCCGAGACAUGGCGCCCGACACGGCCCAACUGUGGGUGGCUCGAGGGUACGACGCGGGCGACGUCGCCCGCUUCCUAGACGUGUACAGCAGCAUAACCGCCUCCAGCAACCCCUACGUGGACCUCGAAAUGCGCUACGCUUCCAAUGCCACGGCUGCUCUGCUGCGAGCCGGCCUGACCGCGAUUGACAUGACGCUGGACACGGAGGCAGCCGUACGGCAAGCAGUGACGCAGCUUGGUGCCGCGCUGCAGGCCAUUGUGGAUUCUGUGGGCCAGGAGGAGUUUGCAGCCGAGUAUCGCAGGUCACUCAAUUGGCAGCCCAGCCCUCCUCCCGCCGCCUCUCCGCCGCCUCCCGUCGUUGCCGCCGCCUCUCGCCGCCGACGCAUCGCCAUAAUCAUUGCCGUACCCUGCGCCGCUGCGUUGCUGCUGGCGGGGGGCCUGGCGGCGGCGGUGCUUGUCGUACGACGGCGGCGCGCCGCUGCGCGAGCGGCCGACGUGGAGCUGCAGCAGGCUCCCGGUGUGGGGCCCAACACGACACUUGUGGUGACCGAUAUCCAGGACUCUACGACGCUGUGGGAGGCUCUGGACGUGGCCGUUAUGGAUGCUGCGUUGAAGGUGCACCAUCGCGUACUUCGUGAGGUGCUGCAGACGCACCGGGGGUAUGAGAGCGCCACGGAGGGAGACUCCUUCAUCCUAGCCUUCCACGCUGCCCGUCAUGCAGUGGGCUUUUGCCUGGCCGCCCAACAGGCGCUUCUGGAGGCGCCCUGGCCGCGGGAGCUGCUAGACCAUGCGCCGCUGCCACAAGCAGCCGCCGACCCGUGGGACAAUCCCUCCGGCGUGGUGGUGAUGACGCACCUACCACCCACCAAGCCCACUUACAAGUCCCUUCGGCCGGCAGUGCACAGCCAGCAGGGCCAGCCUACACCUGCCAGCAGCGCAGCCAGCAGCCCCAAAAGAACGCCCACCCUUUACAGGGCGGUGUCCGCCGUUGCGAUGACAAUAGCCGCCGUCGACUCGCCUCUCUUCUUCAGCCGCAGCCGAACUCAAACACUACCGUUGACACCGAAGCGGCGGCCGGCCUCCAGCAGCCAGGUUCAGGGCCUUUCAACUCGCCAUGCCGCACAGGCAGCAGUGUUGACGACGGCAGAAGCAGACUCAAGCCGAAUUCGCUCCACAGCCGGCACGGAGGCGGGUGGAAACUCUACGGACACCGGGACAAGCACGGAUUUGGACAGUUGGGGAGCUCAUCCGUUGCCUACGUCGCUGGUUGAACCGGCCACUACUUUCCCACCCGCCGCCGUUUCUGAGCGCCCUUACGGCACUGCUGCAUUCAGUGCCACUCGACGUAGGACGUGUGGAGCAACAGCAGCAGGUACGUCGUCCACGCGGUUUACACUGUUAAGGAUGCAGACUGAGGUGGCGGUGCUAGACAGCAGGCAGCAGGCAGAGGAGGGACUGCUGCAGCCGACGAAGAGUGCGCCGGCUGCUACCCGUCAGCAGUCUGCUCCAACGAUAGAACACUACCUCUGUGCUACCGGUAAUGAGCAGCAUGCUGGACAGUCACCCGGUUCGGGCGGGGCCUCCGCUCCAAUCCCUCCACGGCCGGUGGCUCCAGCAUUGCUCCAAGCGACAGGCAGCGGGUCCCCGUCACCCACGGCAGGCGACAGCGGACGACUGGAGUCGCCGAUGGUGUCCGCAGUCCUGAUAAGAAGGCCGCAACACGUGCCGCCCGUACGCGUCUUUUCUCGCCUCGGGCAGCUUCCCGUGGUUAGCGAGUUCGAUAAGGUCCAACAAGGGCAUUCAACAUACACAUUGAACAGCUGCCAUUCCCCCUUCCAAUUUCGCCAAACCACUACGCCGAGAAGCACUUGCGGAGGGUACGAGGUUAGUGCUGCGCUCCCUACGCAGCCUUCGUUGCAGUACGAACCCAGUUUGACAGGUUCCAUAGACCUGGAGGGUAAGGAGGCAGGCGGGACGGAUGCUGCAGCGGUGGCAAGCCAGCUGCUCCACACAUCCGAUUUUGCGCUGCUGCCGUCAGUAGCUGCUGCUUGUACGACGCCAAAGCUUGCGACAUGCGGCUUUCGCGCUUCCUUCGGGCCAACGUCGCCGACGGCUUCAGGGGCGCUGGACUUCUUGCGGCAACAAACAGGCGCAUCAGAGCUCUUGUCGCCCGGGCCGCCAGCGCGUAUUGCGCCGGCAGGCGCACCCGCGGCCGUCGCAACUGCCAUCACCGGAACUGCCCCUCCAGUUCCCGUUUCAGUAAGUACUUAUCAGGCCGCCGCCAACAUGGGUUUUCGGCCAAGGUCUGCGGCGGCUGCAAGGACUCUGGCGGCGGCGUUUGGGCGCAAGGAAGUGCUACGGGAGGCGCCGUCGCCGCUGCUGCACGCACAAGUGCAGGCUGCGACCUGCACCUCGCUGAUCGCAUGGUUACGGCAGCAAUGGGUGGUGCUGCCCUUGGCGGUAACGCCGACUGAAGACCACGAGGCCGCCGGUCCAGUCUUAUCGCCAGUUGCAGGCGGCGAGGGGUCUGCCGCUGCAGCUAGUGCCGCUGGCGGCCUCGCCGCCGCAUGCCGCAUGGGCGGCAGCGACAGUCCGGUCAGCGGUCUCAGCGGUCGCAACGUGGUUCCCGACGCCUCCCGAUCUGGCGGCCGGUGGGGUCGCGUAGGAGGUGGCGGCGCUGCCUCUGCUCGCGUGCUGGUCUACCGAGGCCUUCGCGUGCGCAUGGGCUGUGCUUGCAGGCUGCUGCGGAGGACCGACGUUUCGCAGAACCAAGCAAGCGGGCGGAUGCAGUACAGUGGGCCUGCGCUGCGGUUAGCGAAGGCUGUGGCAGACGCAGCAAAUGGGGGCAUGGUUCUCCUCUCCGACUGCACGUACGAUUCGUUGUGCAAUGAAGGCGCUGUUGCAUCCAAGGCACUACCCCACGCGAAGCUGUUGUGGCUGGGACGUUAUAUGGUGGGAGAGGACCUGCCGCCAUUGCAGCUCAUCCAGGCGCUGACCCGUGGGUCGUUCAUGAUGGGUCGGCUGGCGCUGCAGCGGCCGCUGCGGAAUGUGACGCCGGUUCCGCCGCUGGGCGGUAGCGGUCUCAGCGGCGUGCUGUCGGCGCCAAUGGUGGGCCAUGGGGCCGUGGCGAGGAUCUCGGUGAUUGGCUACGGCGCCCUGCUCGCGUGGAACGUGGAGGUAGCGCACCGUGCGUUAAAUGUCUUGUACGAUGCACUGCUAGAUGGGCUUGUGGCGGCCGCCGGCGCCACCGCCGGAGAAAAGAUGCCGUACGUCGUCGAAGGCGCCUUCGGGCUGUACAACAGCGGCGGCAUCGGCGGCAGCUGCAGCAGCGGUGACGACGGGAAUAGCAAUGUACCCCAGGCAGGCACGGUAAGUACGUGGACGAAUGAGAAGGCGUGCCGGAAAACAAAGUUUGCGGGUAUCAACAGUACCUCCUCUGGCAGUGCUACGCUUCCCUUCAAUAGCACGACCAGCGACGCCGCCGCGGUUGGAUAUGCUGCUUACGGCGACGGCAGCGGCGGCGGCGGUGCUGCCGGCGCGGUAUUCCGGCGCAACAAGCAUCCGCCGUGGUGUGAUGAUGGCAACACCGUCUGGAGCAUGUCAACAUUUCCCCAGCUGCUGCCGUCCCAGCUGCAGCAACUACCGUUGCGCAGAAGCGGCAGCGCCAGAGUUCUCGGCC